AUGCCCGUCCCGUUCGAGACCCUGAUUCCUUAUGGAAUCAUGAUCGCCAUGUUCGGUAUCACUGGUACCGGACUGCACGUCAUCAAGGGCAUCCAGAACGGUGGGAAAAAGCCCCGUUGGGGGUUGGACCAGUGGGAUAGGUACGCGCCCAGUCCGGUUGAACCAUACGCUAUUGCUCGAUCGAAUGCUAACUCGACGGCCACUUAG